AUGCCCAUCCUUCCGGCGCGACGCAAUUCGGUGUGCCUUUUUUGCGCAUUCGCCGCCCGCUCACGACCGCAACCUACACGUCUCGGCCCACGCAUACAGUCGGCAAACAGAUCCGGUGCCGUGAGCCAAAAGCGCAUAGGUGGAGGAUUUGAUGCUGGGGCAAGAGCCGGCCGGACUGGCCAUCACAAUCCACUAGCCACCCGCAGUCCUUCAAGGGCACGGCAUGGCGAUGAGCUCUUCCAUGCCGUCCGCGGCGCACUAGAAAAGCUCCAGAAUGAGUUGAUCAAGCCAGAAUUCCUCGAGAGCCUGCAUCUCAGCAGAGAGGACUUUGACAAGGAAUGGCUCGCAUUCGAACGGUCCAUCACUGCGUGGUGGAAGGAAAACACUCGAGAGCUCCUGAACCUGGCAAAUGAAGCAGCACGAGGAAAGAAAACACUGGAUGCACGUUUGAGCUAUCUCUUCUAUGCCCAAGCCUGCGGUGGACGCUUCACCAAGGCCGAGCGGGAGAACCAGAAAGAGGUGGCAGACCUGCGACACCCUGCGGAAUGGUACCCGUCCACGCGACAGGUUCAACGCACGGUACAUAUGCAUGUUGGGCCGACCAACUCUGGAAAGACGUAUCAUGCACUCAAACGGCUGGAGCAAGCCUCCUCGGGUAUCUACCUAGGGCCGCUCCGUCUACUUGCACACGAAGUAUACACGCGCCUGAACGCCAAGGGCAAGUCGUGUGCUCUGAUUACUGGCGAGGAACAGCGUAUACCCGAGGGCGACGCGCCUCUGAUGUACAGUUGCACAGUUGAAAUGGCGCCCCUGAACUCGAGGUUCGACGUCGCUGUUAUAGAUGAGAUACAGAUGAUCAGCCACAAGGAGCGUGGAUGGGCAUGGACCCAGGCUUUCCUAGGGCUGCCAGCCAAGGAAAUCCAUCUGUGCGGAGAGGCACGCACAGUGCCACUCAUGCGCGAGCUUUGCGCUCUCGUUGGGGACAAGGUACACGUCCACGAGUACGAGCGUCUCACGCCACUUCAGGUCGAGCCAAGGAGUAUGGGUGGCAAACUUGACAAUCUGCAGAAAGGUGACUGCAUAGUCGCUUUCACUGUUGUCGGUAUCCACGCCCUCCGGAAAGAUAUCGAAAGGAGAACGGGCAAGAAAUGUGCCAUUGUCUAUGGUAGCUUGCCGCCGGAAACGCGAGCCCAACAAGCGCGACUGUUCAACGAUCCGGACAACGACUACGACUUCCUCGUCGCCAGUGAUGCUAUUGGCAUGGGUCUCAAUUUGGCCAUCAGGCGAGUGAUUUUCGAGUCGACUGUGAAAAGCAAUGGUGUCAACUACGUGCCGCUCGAGAUCUCUGAGAUCAAGCAGAUAGCUGGCCGCGCCGGCAGGUACAAGACUGCCCACCAAGCAGUCAAUGUCGAUACCCAAAAGUCGAUAGCCGACGCAGCUGUCGACCCUGCUAUUGGUCUUGACGAUAAACCGCAACCUAAGGAACCAGAAACCAAGACUAUUGGGUGGGUAACAACACUGGACGAGGUUGAUCAUGCUCACCUCAAGGCUGGAAUGAGGCGCGAGCCCGACCCCAUCACGACAGCUGGACUAUUUCCACCCUCUUUGAUUGUAGAGCGUUUUGCAAACUACUUUCCUCCGGGAACCCCUUUCAGCUACAUCAUGUUGCGCUUACAUGAGAUUUCCGAAAUACAUCCGCGCUUCCACCUCUGCGGCUUGAAAGAUCAACUGGCCAUUGCUGACACCAUACACCUAGUCAAGAAUCUCAGCAUUCAAGACCGUAUUCAGAUUUGUGCCGCACCCAUCAACAUGCGCAAUGCACCCGAAAGGGCUUUCCUUCGCUCGCUUGCCGAAUGUAUCGCCGACAACAAAUCAGGAAGUCUUCUUGACAUACCCACGCUGCCUCUAGCGGUCAUGGACGCGGAGCCAUCAGGGAAGAGAUUGUACCUUGUUGAGCUCGAAAACUUACACAAAAUGCUGGUGGCCUAUCUUUGGCUAAGCUACCGCUUUCCUCAGGUCUUCGUCACCAGGUCACUUGCCAACUAUACAAAAAAGCUGGUUGAAGACCAGAUUGAGAAGACUUUGGUCCAAUUCUCCACCACUCCGCAGGCCAGAGAGGCAAGAGAGAGGCGGAGAGUACAAGCAAUGAAGGAACUAAAUGAGCAAAGCGAAGGGGACGAGGCGGAUCAUGGUUCGGAGGGUCAGACACCUCCGCCACCCGGUAAAUUCGUCGAAGGUAAAUGGGUCGUUGACUAUCCAAAUGAGCACCCAGAGGAACGCGCGACGAGCAGCGAACACAUCAGUCAUGACUGGCUCACCUCACUCACGUUUCAACCUACUCCGGAACCCAAGUCACAAAUCCUUCACGAACUUCCACCAAUCCACUCCGCACCCCCAUUCGCCGCGACGACACUGCCCGUAACCCACCUCGCCUUCUCACUAACCAAGAACCCCACCACAUCCGCCACAUCCUCCGCAAACCCCAUCCUCCCACCCUCCACAACCUUAACCUUCGGCACCCGCUGCUCCUUCAACGCCUGCACCGCCUCCCUCGGAAACUGCCUCAGCCCAGGCGUAUCCGUCAACCCCACACUCACCGCAUUCACCGUGGUCCCCGGAAACGUCAACGGCAACUCGACCGCCCACCCCCUCACCAGCGCCUCCAACCCCGCCUUGGUCGCAUUGAACAACGCACUCCCCGCAUUUGGAUCGCGCACGCGAUCGCUCGAAAGCGCAACCACACGCGCAUUUACAUUCAGCAAUUUCUGCCGCACCAGAUUCUCCACCAGCACAAUCGGCCAGUGCAAAUUCCCCAUCAGGCUAUGCUCGAUAUCCGCUUCACUAGCCUGCCGCGGAGAGGACGAGGAUGUCGAGUUUGGGCGGCAGGGCGGCCAGGAUGGGCCUGAUGGAGGCGAGGGUCGUUAUGUCUGCUACGAUGCCGGUGAGGGUGGGGCGCGGGAGAUUAGAGGUGGUGUAGAGGGUGGAAAUGGUGGUGGAGAGGACGUCGAAGUGGUGUGCGGAUUCGGGCGAGGUAUAGGUGCCGAUGAUGGAGCAGCCGCGGGUGGCGAGGUCGAGGGCGAUGGCGCGGCCGAUGCCUUUGGAGGCACCGCUGGGGAGGAGUUAGAGUGUGUGAGAGAGGGUGGUGUUGGGGUGGGAGAAGAUGUUUAG